UUCACUUCACUAGUUUUUCGGGUUGGUUGAUUUUGCAGUCAACGUAAAAACAGAGAGUGCCAGUGUUUACUUCUAGUUUAUUUAAAAAUUCAGUGAUAAUUUACAAGUGUUAUUUUCUCAGUGAAUACCAAAACCUCAGAGCCGAUUUAUUAACAAUUAGGAGCUGAAAUGUUUAUAGACGAGAAUGAGACACCGGAGUCCUUGUGGGUGUCAGCUGUUCUGCAGACCAUCCGGAUGGUAGUGUUCAUGUAUGAUAUACUUUCAUUCCCGGUCCAUCUGGUGCUGCAGAGGCCAUGGAGAAAACGGUCUAUGUCGCGACGUAUUAAGGCACAAAUAAUAGAUUCCACUCCAAACAGCGUGACAGUCCGAUCGGUGUCAACGCCUUGCAAUCUUCACUUGCGUCUGGUGCGUGACAAUGUCACCACCAUGGAGGCCAUGUUGCGUGCUGCGUCCGCCAGAUGGCAGGACAGACCUUGUCUGGGAACUAGGACAGUGUUAAGUGAAGAGGAUGAGCCGCAACCAAAUGGACGAGUGUUCAAGAAGUACAACAUGGGCAACUAUGAAUGGCGGUCGUACAGCGAUAUGGAGAACGAGGCGACUUGGUUCGCGGCUGGUCUACGUGAGUUCGGAUGCCAGCCCAAGAAGAACAUCGUCAUGUUCGCUGAGACCAGGGCUGAGUGGAUGAUCGCUGCCCAUGGCUGCUUCAAGCAGAGUAUCCCUGUGGUCACAAUCUACGCAACGCUUGGUGAUGAAGCUAUAGCCCACGGAAUCAACGAAACAGACGUUUCUACCGUCAUCACUACACACGACCUCCUACCCAAGUUCAAGAAGAUCCUUGCAAAGACUCCGAAGGUGGACACCAUAAUUUUCAUGGAAGACCAGCUCAAAAAGACGGAGAGAGAUGGGUUCAAGCCUGGAAUUAAGAUCGUCGCUUACAAAGAGGUUAUACAGAAGGGAAAGCACUCGAAAAUUGAAUGUAUCCCACCAGCUCCGUCCGACACAGCGAUCAUAAUGUACACAUCUGGUUCAACUGGGGUCCCGAAGGGCGUGGUGCUAUCCCACAGGAAUAUGAUAGCGACAUUGAAGGCUUUCGCUGAUGGGGUGCCGAUGUAUGAUGAUGAUAUGCUCAUGGGAUUCCUGCCUCUGGCUCACGUGUUUGAGUUGCUGGCUGAGAGUUUAUGCGUCAUUGGUGGUGUACCCAUUGGCUACUCAACGCCGCUAACAAUGUUGGACUCGUCCAGUAAGAUAAUGAAGGGAACCAAAGGAGACGCAACAAUCUUACAACCCACCUGUAUCACCACUGUACCACUAAUAAUGGACCGUAUCAGCAAAGGUAUCACGGACAAAGUGUCUCGUAGCGGUGAAUUUGCGAACGCGUUCUUUAAGUGGGCGUAUUCGUACAAACAGUCGUGGAUGAAGCGUGGCUACGACACACCUUUGCUCAAUCGAGUGGUAUUCAAAAAAGUCGGACAAUUGCUCGGCGGACGUGUACGUCUAAUGAUAGCGGGCGGGGCCCCGCUGGCGCCGGACACUCACACGCAGGUCCGGCUCUGCCUUUGCUGUGACGUCAUCGCUGGAUAUGGUUUGACAGAGACCACAUCCUGCGCCACGAUCAUGGAUCUGCAGGACAGAUCAACAGGUCGCGUCGGAGCACCCACGACUGGAACUGACAUAAAACUCGUCAACUGGGAGGAGGGAAACUAUAGAGUCGGGAAUAAACCCUUCGUACAGGGUGAGAUAGUAAUCGGUGGAGACAGCGUGGCAGAGGGUUAUUACAAGAAUCCCGAGAAGAGUCGAGAGGAGUUCGUGGAUAUAGACGGGAAAAGGUGGUUCCGCUCUGGAGAUAUUGGGGAAUUGCAUCACGACGGCUGUAUUAAGAUUAUUGACCGCAAAAAAGAUCUGGUGAAGCUCCAAGCCGGUGAAUACGUGUCUCUGGGCAAAGUUGAAGCGGAACUGAAGACGUGUCCAAUCGUCGAGAACAUCUGUGUAUACGGAGACAGUUCGAAGACCUACACCGUGGCCCUUCUGGUACCGAACCCGAGACACCUGGCGGAGCUGGCGACAAGGAUCGGUCUUCCGGAGAUGGAGUUUGAACAGCUGUGUCAGAAUGCGGAGGUUGAGAAGGCCGUGGUCAAAGAGCUGGCGGAUCAUGCGAGGAAAUGCGGCCUUGAAAGAUUCGAAGUUCCUGCAGCGGUGAAACUUUGCACAGAAGUGUGGUCACCGGAUAUGGGUCUAGUUACCGCUGCCUUCAAAAUCAAGAGGAAAGACAUCCAAGAACGAUACAAGGAAGACAUUAAGCGAAUGUACGCGUCAUGAGUCGCCAUCACAUCCGCGACACGAUCACGCAAUAUUGAAAUAGGUAACUUGAGAAUUGGUUAAAAGACUUAUUUAUCUAAAAAGAAAUAGUUUUUGCAUUGUCAAAGACCCUAGCAAAAAAAUGUAAUUUCAAUAUUAUUAUUAUUUAUUUAUUUCGAUAUUGCGUGGUCUAAAAUGUCUAGUAGCGGCUUCGAACGCGGACGUUGUCUCAUUCAAAGUCGAUUUUGCCGCUUAUUUAUUAGGCAAAAUAUUUGUUUAAUUAAAUUUUGAAAAAUGGUGACGUAAAGUAAAUUGCCUAUUAAAUAUGCGGCCGUGUAAAUGGUUGUAUAAACUGCUUGAGAUUAAAUUUUAUUUGUAUAUCGAGCAUCACAAUACUAUAAGAUGUAAAGAAAUUUCACGUAUGCCAAAAGUGUUGUGGGCUGGCCAAAUCCAUAGAUUACAGAACGAUUUAAUGAACCCAAACUUAUUCGAUAGCAAUUUUCUGCUAAAGAAAUAGUGUUACCAAAUUAAAAAAAAAACAUAUCUCUUAUCGGUCUCAAAGAAUUAGCCUAAUGUAAUAGUGUUGCCAGAUAUUUUAAUGAUUUUAUUAAGUCAUAAGGAAUGACAGAACUUAAAAAAAAAUUGUAAUACGGUCGGCCACAACUUACUACUAGCUGUAGACGUCGUUUAGUUUAAAAUUUGUAAAUAGUGUAGAGUAUUCUAGGCUUUUCUCAUCAGUUAUUAGAUCUGAGGUUAAGAAAAAAAAGUGAGAAACGAAGUGCAAUUUGUCGGAUUUGUUUUAAAUUGGCCUAGUGCAGCAGCAUCGGUUUUGAUGCGGUUAUUAUAAGUUAUGUUUUAGUACUUAGACGGAAUCUGCUGUUGUAUCUUCAGCCGACGAUUCUGUGGUCGUUGGCGCUUAUGCCUUUGCAUAAUCCAAAUGUUUUAGUUUUAUUAGGCAAUUGUACUCAUCCUAUGUUCCUCUUCGUUUCGCAGUUUGAUGCAUUUAUGAAAGUCUUUUUAAAGCCAUUUGCAUUCUGAAACACAUUUAGUACUUGACAAUUAAUGUCAAAGUAAUUUGAUGUUACACCUAUUUUUCGAAAUUUACUGGUCGUAAUAAAUUUUGACUUGAAGCGAGUAGUUGCACGAAGUAUCCAGAAGUGCAUCUCAAUAUUUUCGUAAUGAUAAACUUCUAUCAACUUCGUGAGUGUUUAAUAACGUGUUUGCAUUCUGUUACGCAUUUAGUAGUUGACAAUUGUAAUAUGUUGCGGAAUUGCUUUUCGAAAUUUACCGAAAUAUACUCGUGCAACUGUUCGACGGGAGUUCGAAAUACAUUUUGACUUGAAGCGAGAAGUUGCACGAAGUAUCCAGAAGUGCAUCUCAAUAUUUUCGUAAUGAUAAACUUCUAUCAACUUCGUGAGUGUACAGGAAAAUUUUUAUAGUACAUUCGGAUAGCAAUAUGGGAGGGAAGAAAUGCAAUUUUUUAUUGUCGUGCUGGAACACUGUAUGAUAUGUAUAUGUUAUAUAUACAUGGAAUUCCAUGUAUUUAAGUAUGUUACUAUAAUAGGUAGCGUCACUUUUAAUGUUAAUACUUUUGAAUCGUAAAUUUAAAUGUUAAUCGAUGUUGUAGAGGUUUUGCUCAGUUGGUUUGUUUAAAAAUCUUAAUAUUCUGAAAACAUUUUUUGUAUUAUUUAUUCAAUAAAUAAUGUUAAUAAAAUCAUUUUAUGUUUUUAUUUU